AUGCUAUUUAAGGAUCUCACAUUGACAGACGCGGCACCGGCCACACGGAUCACCCGCAUCCGACGCGCCAUAGCUCAGCCGCAGGCUGAGAGGGCAGCAAGUGCUACCCAAUGUCGGUUCAGGGCAAACCAUUGGCAUUCUACUGCGGCUUCCAGGGCCCUUUUCCGUAGGGUGUCCGUUAAACUCGGUGAUAACAUCAUCCCUAAGGUGGUUUCCCGGCAAGGCGUGGAUAGACUGGGGAAUGAUUUCUAUCGGGAUUUAGGGGAUGAUACCGGGGGGAUACUGACCGGGCUAUUCAAUAUCUGGUACGCUGCGGAAGUGUUCUCAUCUUCUCUCUUGCAGACCGACAUCUUCUGCCUCAAGAAAGCGGGCGACAGGACCAACCCCAUGAACUACAGGCCUCUCGCUCUACUAAACUCGGACUACAAAAUUUUCUCUAGAAUUCUGGCGAUUCGGACAAGUGGACACCUUCACCGUCUCAUACACACCAAUCAGUCUGGUUUUGUUCCUGGGAGGCUACUUCACGACACGGUAGAUUUGUACUCGGCGGCCAAAGCGAUGGUCAUCUCUGAUCCAAAGUAA